UUUUUCUUGCCUGUUUUUAAGGAAAUGAGUCCUAUAUGACUGUUUUUGUCCUUAUGUCAGUCCCUUUCCUGAUGUAAUCUGAACCCAUUUUGCACUUUCACUCCGAUUCUAAAGAGAGGCAGAUAAUUAUGCUCUGCAAAUUUCAUGAAAGCUGAUGUCAGGGUGGAAGACAGGAACCCAAAUUAGUGGUGAGAAAAAGACAAAAUAACAGCUGCUUAUGGCUUACAUGGUACUAGCACAUCAGAGAGGCAGCACAUACAUAGCUUGGACCACCUGCAACAAGCUAUCGCUCUCCUAAAGCGCCUGUUGUAGGAGACGUGGGGACAGGAGCGUCGGGGGGUACAUAGGGGUGUUUCUCCCGAGUCCGUUGGAAAAAAGUGUUAGAUGAAGUCAUAUGAGUUGAUGCAAUGCUCAAUAGCCAACCUUUUGCCAUUUGCUUGGAAAGCACAUUUGUUUUUACCUCUUCUUGUAACAAGUAACACCAAGUAAUAAAUUUUUAAGUGCGCUGUUACACACUUUUGUCACUUACGGACUUAACAGAGCAGACAGAGACCAGGUCUUGGAUUCUGGGCAGGGAAGACCUGUGUUGUGUUAAGACCUCUUGGUACAGCAGAAUCAGUACAGAGCUUGUGCCUGCCCUAUGUAGAUCCAGCUGCUGGGUCAUUUCUGUUGCUAAAAAAAUCCCCUGAAAGUAGAAAAGCAGAAAAUGGAUUUUGAAAGAAUCCUUUUCUCUGAAGUAAGGGGUAUUUACAGUAUUUAAGGGAUUAUGAGAAAUGAAACUUUUUUUAAAAGUACCUUCAAACACUGCAGGCUUGCAGCUGCCCUUGACAAGAAAUUUCAUCUAAAAAUAAUUUUCCAAACUGCGCUUCCAAGAAUCGAAGAUUUGCAUCUGUCAGAACUCCAAAUUUUCCUUCUUUUACACUUUUUUUUUUUUGUCUAGGAGGGCUGAGAGAGGCAUGUGGAAUUUGUUAAUGUCAGUCCUGGUUUGCUAGUAGGGAUUCUUUCCCAACACAAAAUUCAGUGUAUUUCCCAAAUCCUGGUGCUCUUAUGGUGUCCGUAGCUCCAGCAGCUUGUGGAAACCAUACAUUAAUUAGCAAAUUGAAUGUAAAUUGUAUCUUCUUCCACUGUGGUGAUAUGGUGGCAUACCACCCCUAUGCCCCGAAGACCUGAGCGUUAUUACCUAAAAGCCAACCACAAGUUAACCACCUUAAUUUCCUGGCUGUGUGUGCCACCAGGUCUGCCCAGGGUAAAGAAAGGACGUGGAGAUCUCUCCCAUUUGGUGCUCAGAGCCAGGACAGACGUACCUUGUUGCCUUUCCACAGGCAAUAAAACAGACCACAAGCAAUCGGUCCUUCGACUUUGCUCCUCUCUGCUCUGCAGUAAACCAGGGGAAGGCCUGCCCCAAAAAACAGGCACGAGUCUGCCGGUGCCACCAGCUGCCUGCCUGUUCGUCAUCGCUAUCCUCCAGGUAAGGAUUAAUUCCCAAUUGCAACAAAACCUGCCUUUGCCGCCCGAGCAGAAGAAGCUCUCACCCAUGGCCGCAGGACGCGCGCCGGGCUGCGCUGUGGCUUUCCAUCCCUGUUUGCUUUCUGGGUGCGGGUGCCGAGCGCGGCGGACUGGAAAGAUGAGUAAUGCCACGCGUGCCUUGCCUUCUUCCACGCCACCCGGCACCCUGGGACCCGGCAUGGUGGCCAGGCUGGCCUCAGCCCCGCCAUCCCCGGCCCUUACCCUGCUCACGGCUGCCCACAACGACUCCCAGGACGGCCAGCAGCUUUUCCUGACCACGACGGCAGCGCAGGUCAUCUCUGGCAUCUUUGUGUGGUCGGCGCUCAUCGUCACCUUCCACCAGAUCUACACACACCUGAGGAAUUACACUGUCCCCAAGGAGCAGCGCUACAUCAUCCGCAUCCUCUUCAUCGUGCCCAUCUAUGCCUUCGACUCCUGGCUCAGCCUCCUCCUCCUCGGCAGCCACCAGUACUAUGUCUACUUCGACUCAGUGCGCGACUGCUACGAAGCUUUCGUGAUUUACAGCUUCCUGAGCCUGUGCUUUGAGUACCUCGGAGGGGAAAGCACCAUCAUGACGGAGAUCCGAGGGAAACCCAUUGUGUCCAGCUGCUUUUAUGGGACCUGCUGCCUUCAGGGUAUGUCCUACUCCAUCGGGUUUCUGCGCUUCUGCAAGCAGGCUACGCUGCAGUUCUGCAUCGUGAAACCCCUCAUGGCGAUUGUCACCAUCGUCCUGCAGGCGUUCGGGAAGUACCGCGAUGGGGACUUCAACGUCCAAAGCGGCUACCUCUACAUCACCAUCAUCUACAACUUCUCCGUCAGCCUGGCGCUUUAUGCCCUCUUCCUCUUCUACUUUGCCACCAUGGACCUGCUGCGCCCAUUUGAGCCGGUCCUCAAGUUCAUCACCAUCAAGGCAGUCAUCUUCCUCUCCUUCUGGCAAGGGACACUGCUUGCAAUCCUGGAGAAAUGUGGGGUGAUCCCUGAAGUUCAAAUCAUCGAUGGGAAGGAAGUGGGAGCUGGGACAGUGGCUGCUGGCUACCAGAACUUCAUCAUCUGCAUUGAGAUGCUCUUUGCUUCCAUUGCCCUGCGCUAUGCAUUCACCUGCCAGGUGUACAGAGAAAAGAAAGAAAACUCAACAGCAAACCUUGCCCCCAUGCAGAGCAUCUCAAGUGGGCUGAAGGAGACCAUAAGCCCCCAGGACAUUGUGCAGGACGCGAUCCACAACUUCUCGCCCGCCUACCAGCAGUACACCCAGCAGUCAAUGCAGGAGGCAGAGCACAAAGCACCGGGGAAGAACGGGCCCAUGGCCUCCAGGGUGGAGGGACCGAGCAGCAGAAAGAGCAAAAACAUUGAGAAGAGAGUGCUGAUCCUGUCAGAUGAGGAGCUGUAGGAGACAUCAGAGGGGACAGUGACACUGGAGAGGUUUAAACCCAUGCAAAUGGGAGCUGUCUCAAGCCUGAGACAACCUGGUCUAAUCGGAGUACCGAGAAGCCAGGAAUUCUACCCAAAAAGCCAGUCUUUCGAAGGGAAGAUGCAAUAACCCAGGGAAAGGUUAAAUCAAAUAGUGCCAGCUUCUGCUGUCCCAUCUCUACUGGUGUUAGGGACUGGGCUGCCUUUGCUGCUGAGACUAAGCAGCCCUGUGUUGCGGUCUGGGCUUUGCCUCCCCGCUGCUGGGGUUUUGAUGCCAGCCCCGUCUGUGCCCAUGCCGGGGGAUGCCAGGCAGGGAGGGGAGCCGGGCUGCAGGAUGGAUCAGCCACCCUUGCCCUCCUCUUACCUCCAAGCGGUACUGAGGCCUGAAAGAAAUGCUUUUCUCAGCACAGUUCUGCUCUAGUUUCUCCCGAUUUGAGUAAAAAAUGAUCUCCAAGGGCCCCGUGGAGAAAACCAGCCCAGGAAGGUGACUUCACUUCACCUCAAAACCCGGUAAGAGUUGGAAGACGUCAUUCCUUAUUUUUACAUCUUUUCCCCUCUCCUUCUCCCAGAAAAGCCUACGCAGUUGUGCAGAAGACCUUUACCAGGGAGGAAGAGUAAGUCAUCCUCUUCUCCCUCCAGAUGGGGAUGCAGCUGUCUGAGUAACUCCCGUGGGAACAGCGGCAGGACCUCACUCGGGGCUAACCCGUGGCCUCGCAGCUGCAUUUCUGAGAGCCACUGGUGACAGAAGCACUUGUUUAUGUCUAAACCAGCUUAUCUCUGAACGGAUCAGAAGUUAAAAGAGAUUCCAGCUUCCUUAUCAGAGGCUUUGUUAGGGAACUAGACUGUGACUGUUGGUGGUAGGAAUGCGCUUACUGGGAACUGUCUGUUCCUCCUAACCCUUCGCUAUUUACCGUCCCUGGGCUUUGCCCAACCUGUGGGAAGGCAGGCGGGAGCCGAGCCCGGCCGGGUGACGGUGGUGGGGAUAGAGAGAUACUGGGGGAUGCUGCUGCUCGGGGCAGGACAGCUGGCGGGGGAAGAUACCGCAUGGAGGGAUUGUCCCCGUUAUCAGUGAUGGAGAGCACGCAUCCUUCUGUUAAACUUUCUCUCUGGGUUUUUUUUUCCCCAAUUUUUAGUCCAAUUUCUAUUCCUUUGUUAAUCAGAUGAUCCCUGGGAACUUACUUAGGCACUGGCUGGGCUGUUGUUUGGGGGUGGGAGCUGGGUAGUGAAAGGAUGAAGGCAAGUCUACAGCCUCAGAUUUGCAGUCGCAUGGCAAACAAACCAACGGGUAAGGCUUAGAGACGUUUUACAUGCAACCCCUACUGGUGGGUUGUUUUUUUUUUUUUUUCCCCUGCUCUUAAGCUGCAAAAUGUAAAUCACAACAUGAAAUUAUUUUAU